AUGUUUCAUGACCUGCUGAAAGAGGCGCCGCGGGGGGCGGGCGCACGCUUUGUGCAUACGCUGUCGCCCAGCGCAGCGCCGCCAGCACUGCUAGAGAAUGCGGUGGGGGGCAUGCCCCGCAUCGCAUGCUGCGCAGAGGUUCAGGCGAUAGAGGAGCUCCAAGAUGGCACGCUGGCAGUUUCGUACUGCGGCACGCGGCGGAUGCAGUUGUUGCUGGUGCAGCAGGAGGAGCCAUACACGGUGGUGGCGGCCGAGUGGUACGACGAUGCCCAGGUGCCAGACCUGGACCCCACUGUGGAUGUGCUGGAGCGGGAAGCCACCAAGCUGCUGCAGCAGGCACGAACCGCGCGGAUUGAGAGCCUGUCUGCGGUGGUGUCCCCCGGCAGCGAGCUCCCCGAGGCUGUGCGGCAGUAUGCGCCGCCGGCGGUGCAGCGCAGGACCAGCUACCACGCACUGAAGGCGGCGGGGCACAUGGCAGCUGGACACAUCGAGAUGUGGCGCAGGCAUGGCAGCGUGUACAAGACAACCGACCGCAGCAGCGCCACCGCACCCGACCCUUAUGAGGCGAUCAGGGAGGCGCUGGGGAAGGCGCGACGCCAGGAGCUGUUCUCCUUUGCCGCCGCGCAGCUGCUGGUGAUGGGCACGCCAGAGCGUGCUGCCCUGCUGCUCAGCCAGGACUGUGGUGCUCGGCUCAAUUUCGUUCUGACUGCGCUGCGGCCAUACUUCUUGGAACUGCAAGCCAAGGCUAGCCUGAAACGGGGGCUGCAGUAG